AUGCGUGAGAUUGUUCACCUUCAGACCGGCCAAUGCGGUAACCAAAUUGGUGCUGCUUUCUGGCAAACCAUCUCUGGCGAGCACGGCCUCGACAGCAAUGGCGUCUACAACGGAACCUCGGAGCUCCAGCUGGAGCGCAUGAGCGUCUACUUCAACGAGGCUUCUGGCAACAAGUAUGUCCCCCGCGCCGUCCUCGUCGACUUGGAGCCCGGUACCAUGGACGCCGUUCGUGCCGGUCCCUUCGGUCAGCUCUUCCGUCCCGACAACUUCGUCUUCGGUCAGUCCGGUGCUGGCAACAACUGGGCCAAGGGUCAUUACACUGAGGGUGCUGAGCUUGUUGACCAAGUUCUGGAUGUCGUUCGUCGUGAGGCUGAGGGCUGUGACUGCCUCCAGGGUUUCCAGAUCACUCACUCCCUUGGUGGUGGUACCGGUGCUGGUAUGGGUACCCUGCUGAUCUCCAAGAUCCGUGAGGAGUUCCCUGACCGCAUGAUGGCCACCUUCUCCGUCGUGCCCUCCCCCAAGGUCUCCGACACUGUCGUUGAGCCCUACAACGCUACUCUGUCGGUCCACCAGCUGGUCGAGAACUCUGAUGAGACCUUCUGCAUUGAUAACGAGGCUCUGUACGACAUCUGCAUGCGAACCCUGAAGCUCUCCAACCCCUCAUACGGCGACCUGAACUACCUCGUCUCCGCCGUCAUGUCUGGCGUCACCACUUGCCUGCGUUUCCCUGGUCAGCUAAACUCUGACCUACGCAAGCUUGCUGUCAACAUGGUUCCCUUCCCCCGUCUUCACUUCUUCAUGGUCGGCUUCGCUCCUCUGACCAGCCGUGGUGCUCACUCUUUCCGUGCUGUCACCGUCCCUGAGCUCACCCAGCAGAUGUUCGACCCCAAGAACAUGAUGGCUGCUUCUGACUUCCGUAACGGUCGCUACCUGACCUGCUCUGCCAUCUUCCGCGGCAAGGUCUCCAUGAAGGAGGUUGAGGACCAGAUGCGCAACGUCCAGAGCAAGAACUCCUCCUACUUCGUUGAGUGGAUUCCCAACAAUGUGCAGACCGCUCUCUGCUCCAUUCCUCCUCGCGGCCUCAAGAUGUCUUCUACCUUUGUUGGUAACUCCACUGCUAUCCAGGAGCUGUUUAAGCGUAUCGGUGAGCAAUUCACUGCCAUGUUCCGACGCAAGGCUUUCUUGCAUUGGUACACUGGUGAGGGUAUGGACGAGAUGGAGUUCACCGAGGCUGAGUCCAACAUGAACGAUCUCGUCUCCGAGUACCAGCAGUACCAGGAUGCUGGUGUUGAUGAGGAGGAGGAGGAGUACGAGGAAGAGGCUCCUCUUGAGGAGGAGUAA